GAACUGACUGUGGGUGUGUGGUCCCCCUCUCUCUUCUUACCACAAUACUACCUUUUCUCUCUAAUAUUUGUAUUACUUUUCUCCCCUUCUCGCCUCUUGUUUCCCUCCUCUCCCACCCUCGCUACCUCUUCCUGCCCCUCAAGCCAACACUCAACCAGAGCACUAAACAUUCCCAACACCAAAACGUCAAACAACUGGAGGUGCAGACACACCACUUCCACAUAGUAACAUCCUACCCAAGCACAUCGCAACCCCACACACACAAUGUACACCGAUCACUGAAACGCCACCUACACGACAACAAACACACCCCAAGAGUCUGGCUUGAUGCAACCCAUGUCAGUCCAUAACCCUGGUCAGACUAUUUGCCCCCAAAGGAACCAGGGUCAAAAGACGAAGUACCAACCCAAACUUGGGAACACUCUUUAGCCACUAGACUCCAAGCCUAAACCCUCAAAGAACACUCAAAUGUUGCACCAAGAUGUAUGUAUGUUGGCAAAAAAACUAUUGUAAUCUCUCACUGUUCUCAUACCUUUGUAACGCCUUGUUUAUCUGACCUGAAAUCAAAAAUCUUUAAAAAAUAAAAAGGGUAGCUGUCAACAAUGGGUUAAUGUGUGAACCAGUUCAUGAAAUGAAAAAAAGGAAAAAUAAAAGCAAACAUAACCUUUUUAAAAGAAAAAAAUCUUUAUAUAUAUGAAAAGUUUUGCAAGUGCUGUGCUCUAAAGAAGCUUUUGGAGAUCUUCCCAAAUAUUCAAAACAGGAAAAUAUAUCCUAAGGAGGCCAUUUAACAAGGCUCCCGAAGGAACAUUGCCUCAUAUAAUGAAAAACAUUAUAGCAUUAGUUGUGAUUAAUAAGACAUUCUUCCCCUACACACACAAUCAUCUGAAUUAACGAAGACUUUAGUGUAAGGUCAUAGCCCCACUGGCUACACUGAUUAUCAGGUUAGCUCCAGCUUGUAUUUAGGGCAGAUGCAAUAAUUUUCUAUUUGUUAGUUUAAAAAAUAGUGGUGUUUUUAUGAGAUACAGUAUAAUUGCUGUACACAUUAAUUAGUGUACAGAGCUUUUCAACCUCUUCUGUAGAUACAUUCAUACGCAUGAAAGUAUAGUUAAGUGUUAAAUCCCUAGAAACACUGGUUAGUCACUGAAUUGAAGUGAAUUAAAGAUCAGAUUACAAAAUUUAGCCACAUUUAUGCAAGCCAAAUGUUUGUAGCUAAUAUGGGGGAACUUUUCCAAAUCAGCUAUUUUUACCUUUAGUGGGACAAUUUGGUGUUCAAUUCACUUUUAGUCAGUGUUUAGAGAACAAAUGUAGUACUGUCAUAUAAAUGUUGUUUGCCUAACUUGGUUUUAAACUAUUUCGCCAAUUCAUGCAAUUUUCUCUCUUUAUCACGUGAAAAUCUGGCAGUUUUUCUGUGCGGAGUAGGCCAUGUUGGAAUUAAAUCAUAUUUUUGGUUAAAAAAAAAAAAAGAAGCUGUAUAGAAUGUAUGAUGUCAUCAGCAAAUAAUGCGCUGAACAGGAGAGCCUGGAAUUUUUGGUGUGUCUGAGUGUAUAACAGAGAUCCAUAGCAGUAAGACUCAGUGUUAGGGAUCUCUAAACCACAAUGAAUGUAUUCAGGAAUUAGCUUGGGUAAAGAAUUUCAAACAUGGAGAGGGGUGUUACAGGUAUUUCUGUUCUCUAUCUACUUUUCGUGUAUGAUAAAGUGCACAUUUAAAUGAAAUCCUACAGGUAUACAUCAUACCUUCCAAGUUUCCUUAUUUAGGAGACAGUCCCUAAUUUUGCUCCAUAAUCCCUCAUCCUUCUUUUUUAUCCCAAUGCCCCACUUUUGCAAAUUCAUAGAGGGUUAUUCACUAAAGUAAGAAUUUAAAGUGAAUUUUACAUUUAAAGUCAAAAUAACCGAAGCAGAAGCAUUCUCUAAUUCAACUAUGAUUCCAGUUUUGUACUUUGGCCUUAAAUUUGACAUUCACUUUGAAUUCUCACUUUAAUGAGUAAUCCUGUUAGUGUUAUUGGUGUGUAUAAGUGUAUCACAGAGCUCCACAGCAAUACUACUCACAGUAAUGGAUUUUUAAACAACAAUAAAUGUGUUUAGAAAUCAGUCUGUGCAAAUAAGAUACAUUGUUCUAGUUCUACAUUACUAAUAAUAAAUGUAUUUAAAAUGUAAACAACCCUGCCCCUGACCACACCCCAAAAAUACAAGCGUCCCUCUUUGUUCAUUUAGAUGUUGGCAAAUAUG